UUCUACAAGUGCCUCGGCAGUGGCCUCCCAAAUUUCCCUACAGUAACCACCAUGAAGCUGUCAGACUUCGCCAAGGGUCUGGAGACGUUCUCCCACUGUAUGCACGACCAUCUAAACCAGGCCAAUCCCAACCAGAACAUCAUCUUCUCGCCCCUGUCCAUCCGGGUGGCGGCGGGCAUGCUGCGGAUGGGAGCGGAACCCGAAACGGCCACAGCCCGGGAGUUGGACGACGGACUCCGGUUCGGAGGGAGCACCGUCUCGCAGACAGGAGAUAACUUCGAAGAGGUCAUGAGCGCCUACGACCCCUGUCAAAUCCUGAAGAUGGCCAACAGGCUCUACAUAAUGGAGGGCCACACGAUAGCCCAUGAGUUCGAACGUGUCUUGGAUGAGAAGUUCCACUCCACACCCGUCUCGAUUGACUUCGCCAGCGGAACGGCGGAAAGCACCAUCAACUCCUGGGUGGAGACCCAAACAAAUAACAAGAUCAAGAAUCUCAUCGAGCGCGGGUCCCUGAGCUCGGACUGCCGACUGGUCCUGAUCAAUGCCAUUCAUUUCAAGGGAGAGUGGGCGAUUCGGUUCAACGAACACAUGACCCAGGAGGACGAAUUCUUCCCAAAUCCUGACACCUCGGUCAAGGUUAACAUGAUGAACCAACUGGACAAGUACGCAUUUGCGGAUCUGCCCCAUCUGGAUGCCACUGCCCUGAGGAUGAACUACAACGCUUGCAACCUGUCCAUGGUUAUCAUUCUGCCGAACCCGAAAUCGGACCUUGCCACCUUGGAGGGCAACCUGUCAGGGGUAUCCCUUGAAACCAUAGUAUCUGCUAUGUCCGUCGUCAAAGUUGCAGUCCAGAUCCCCAAGUUCAAGGCUGAAUUCUCACAGGAGCUAGGCGGAAUUUUUAAAACGAUGGGCAUGAGUCGCAUAUUUAGCGAUCAAGCUGAAUUCGGGAGAAUGCUGGAACCCCCUACUCCACUCACAGUCUCCAAAAUUAUUCACAAGGCUUUCAUCGAAGUUAAUGAAUUGGGAACUGAAGCAGCUGCAGCUACGGCUGCUGUCAUCAUGGUUAGAACCAUGCCGGCCCCCGAAAUCCAUCAGUUUUUCAUCGCCAACCGACCGUUCUUCUAUGCCAUUUGUGACAAUACCCAUGGUUUCCUAUUUGUGGGUCACUUUACAUCUCCGCCUGGAGAAUCAACCUAUAAAUGCGACAAAUGUGGUCCAAAAACCUCUUGUAAAAAAUGUGAAACCUGUACAAAAUGCAAAUGAUGGAAACCUCGA